AUGGAUCCAUCUCCAUCUAGAGUUCUAGACUGGUACAUGACAGGGUUUCUGCUGACCCGCCAGAUCCUGGAGGCCAGAAGCGCCUGCGAUGAGCCUCCGAGAGCUCUCUGGCCUUCCGCCCAUGGAGAUGUUGGUGGUUGUUGGCUCCGGCCAACCUUCAAGAAAGCUCUCAUUCUGAUCAUUGACGCGCUGCGCUACGACUUUACCAUCCCCUACUCUCCUUCCAUCCAAGCAGCGGAAGAAAAGCCAUACCAUAAUGCCCUCACCGUCCUGCACACCCUCGCAAGCGAGAGACCGCGCAACGCCCUCCUCCUCCCCUUUCUUGCUGACCCCCCGACCACCACCCUCCAACGCCUGAAAGCUCUGACCACAGGCACUCUCCCGACCUUCAUUGAAGCCGGCUCCAACUUCGCUGGUUCUGCCCUCACUGAAGACAACCUCCUCGACCAGCUCCUCUCGCAACGGCGCCUCGUCCACCUCGGCGACGACACUUGGCUCAAACUCUACCCGGACCAUUUCCUCCCACACCUCUCCCACCCCUUCCCCUCCUUCGUCGUCGAAGACCUCCACACCGUCGACACCGGCGUCACCACCCACCUCCUUCCCCUCCUGCGCAAUGACACCCUCCGCUGCGAAUGGGACGUGAUCAUCGGCCACUUUCUGGGGGUCGACCACGUCGGCCACCGGUUCGGGGCGGCGCAUCCGCUCAUGCGGAAUAAACUCCAGCAGAUGGAUGCGGUGGUGCGCGAGGUGGUGACGGCUCUAGACGAUGCUGACGAGGAGACCCUUUUGGUCGUCAUGGGGGACCAUGGGAUGGAUGAGAAUGGCAAUCAUGGCGGGGAGACACUGGAGGAGGUUCUAGCUGCUGUGUGGUUAUAUUCUCCUCGGACGUUUGUGGGGAGAAGGGUCAGUGGUGGUGGUGACCACCAUCAUCACAAUGGUGAGGAGGGAGCAGCGGUGCCCCAGGUGGAUAUCGUUUCGACGCUGGCGCUGCUGCUUGGAGUGCCGAUUCCGUUCAAUAACCUUGGGAGGCCUAUUGAAGAGGUGUUUGCUUUCGGCUCCGGAGGAUGCGAUGAACAGGAAGAGAAGAUAGAUUGGGAACGGUUGGUGAGGGCGAAUGCGCUAGCUGCUGCACAGAUGGAGCGGUUUCAUGCCGAGUACACGAGGCUUUAUGGGAGUCAUAGGGGUGGUGUUGAGGUCCGCAUUGAAAGGUUUGUUCAGGGUGAUAUAGAUUUCGGGGACGAGGGCUCGUUGCAGCGGGCUUAUCGGGGGUUGAGGGAAUACCAGGCGGAGAUGUUAAGGGGAUACCGGCGGGUUUGGGCGCAGUUCAACGUCUUGAAUAUGGUAGAGGGGAUGGUGAUUCUGCUGCUGUGUGUUGUUGCAAUGGUCUGCGCUCUCGUUGAUGGGUCUUGCUUCGGUGGGCCGGGAAUCAAGCCGAAGGCGACAAUGGCUGGGAGCGUGGUGGGUGUUUUGGCUGCAGCGGCUCACUUCGUCUAUGCAGACCCUGCAUAUCACGUUGUCGAGAGUCUCAUCUUAGGCGCUACCAUAGCCAGUCUGACCGGUUUGAUCGCCGGGGCUAACUACAAUGCUGUGCGCCGGUACUGGCAACCCGGAUUCAACAUUGGGAAGUUGCAGGCCAUGUUGUUUCCGCUGGCUCUCGCGGCUGGCUUCGCAUCAAACUCGUACACUAUCUGGGAAGAUGAGAUCCUGCUGUUCUUCCUCUCCAGCUUCGGGAUCUGCACAUUGGCCUCUGCCACCCACCCAACCUCUUCCGUUGUGUUUCUGCUACUAACCCGCCUCGCCUCCUAUAGCCGCCUGUGUCGAGAAGAACAACUGCCCUCGUGCCGGACCACCUUCUACCGACUCGAGAACUAUGUCCCCUGGCGUAUCCUCGCCCCAUUUCUGACUGUCUUCGUUAUACUUUCGGCAAACAGACACUUGAGAGAUAGAUUCAAGCACACGUGGAACACACCCUACAUUGCUGCACUCUUUCUCCACAUUCCGUUCUGGACACUUCAGACAGCCAGCGAGCAGGGCUGGCUCUCCAACAUCAUCACAGACUACACCUCCAAGAAUAUAUGUAUAGUGAUCGCUCGAAUCGUGCUGCUCGCCAGUAUAUUUGGCCUUGGAUCCGUCUUGCUGCCCUCUCAUCACUACGAUAAACCACACAUUCUCACCACUGCCAUCUUGCUAGUAUGUGUCCUGGUGAGUCCCCCCACCAGCGGUGUUCUGCUUGCAUGCCUCUACACCCAACUCCUCUUGCUCCCACGCACUACAAGCCACCGAGUCGGACCCACCAUCGCCGCUCUCCUGGGCUCAUUCUACUUCUUCACGACCGGCCACAACGCCACCUUUGCCUCUAUCCAGUGGAAAGCCGCGUACACUGGCUUUCGGGACGUGGUGUAUCCAUGGUCCCCGCUGCUGGUCGGGGUGAACACGUUCGCGGGGCCGAUUCUGGCGGCGUGCGCUGUUCCGUUCUUCUUCACCCCGGUUGGCGCGUCUCCUUCGCGAGAGAGCACGGCAGCCCGCGCCCAGAUGAUCCUCGCACAUGGUACCGCUUACACCCUCUGGGCCGCCGCCACGGCCAUCUGGGCGUGUCUUCUCCGACGACAUCUGAUGUUGUUCGCCAUCUUUUGCCCGCGGUUCCUACUGGCGGGGACGGUGAUGGUAAUUGUGGAUGUGAUUGGGUUAGUGAACUCGUUUGUAAUGUAGAUAGCCAGUAGUCAGCUUCAGAAAGGGCUCAAUUCGAGAAGU